GUUUCCGUUCUCACUAUAUCGCUUGGCUAUCGGGCAGGCAACAUCAAAGUGUAGCGAUCUUAGCUUGGAAAAAUCGGAUAAUACUUCUGCCUCAGGAAAGAUUAUACUUGGACAUCAUAACUACAUGAAAGCUCCUUAGAAGUGACGGUUUAGAAAUGAAUGAACAUUUUUAUACUAUUGUGGGCGAAAAUACAUGAAAAUUGGCUUAGACCCGAAAAUGACCAGUUUUCGUUGUCUGCUGCUACUCUCCCUUUUGAACUUUUCAGAUACGCAACGCCAUCUGACGUUUACAAAAGAACCUGAAGAUAUUAUUUCAACCCGUGGUAGUAAUGUCCACUUCAAAUGUUCAUCAACUUUGGGAAAAAUAAGUUGGCGGGUUAAUAACCAGCCUAUCAUUAGUGAUCAGAAUCGAAUAAUUAAACCAAACGGAAUCUUAAAAAUUCGAAACGUUAAGCAUUCGAACUAUCGUUAUCAGUGCGUUGCAGAAGAUAAAUCAGGUAUUAUCGUCAGUAGGAAAGCUUCCUUAAAAGUAGAAGAGAUAAAGAAGGUUUAUGUGAAACGACUAAGUUCCACCUUGCCUAGUGGUGGAUCAGUUGUUUUGCAAUGUGUAUCGGGCUCACAAAGGAAAGAUAUCGAUAUUAAAUGGUUUUUCGAUGAUAAACUAAUAAAGAAAUCAUUGCAUUAUAAUCUUCUCGCCGAUGGCUCCCUGGAGAUAAUAAAUGCCGAUAAUCCUCAAGAAGGACUCUACUACUGUACUUCUCACAAUAGAAAAUCUAACAGUAUACCCGUAUCAAUCGAAGUUGCUAUUAACAACGAAUCACCUAUUUUUAAUUCAAUACCAUCAGAUAAAACUGUGAUAGUUGGCGAAACAGUCGUAUUCCAUUGCUCAGCGAAUGCCUUAAAAUCGCCUACCAUCCAAUGGCUCAAAGAUGGCGCUGUUAUCAGUUCUAACAAAGAUACUAAUUGUUUAACCAUCAACAAUGUAAGCUACGCUGAUCGGGGAUGGUAUACAUGUAGAGCGUCCACAGCAACAGAUACAAAAGAUGAAUCUGCAGAAUUGUUUGUUAAUUCACCUCCAUUUUUCAAAGAAUCUCCACAGGAUAUUGAAGUUCAAAAGGCGAGCACAGCUACUAUAACAUGCCGUGUCGACGGGAUGCCUACUCCAAAAGUCUCUUGGUACAAAAAUGGCGAACUAAUUCAAAAGAGCGACUAUUUUAAGAUAGAGAAAACAGGAGAUCUAAAGAUUAUCGGUGUUAUGAAAUCAGACGAAGGAAUUUAUCAAUGUUUUGCUGAAAAUUUUGUCGGCAGCCGACAGAAAGCUAUGCGCCUUUCUGUUUCUACUACAGUAUACAAAAGAUCAGAGACUGGUAGAUCUAACAAGAAACCAAAGCUAUUAGAGAUAAUCACAGUCGCUGAUACAAGCGUCAAAUUGAAAUGGUUAAGGGAGAUCUUUAAUAACGAAGAAAGCUAUCUUGUAACUUUGACAGCACAAGGUUCUAACAGGCCCAGAGCAGUAGAAGUAACUACCAAUCAGGUUUCAUUAGACAAUCUUAAGCCGGAUGCAACUUAUAAAGUUGGUAUUCAGAAAAGAGACGCUUCGAGCAGUCUAGGUGAAUCGGCUGAAUUAAUCUUUAGAACCAAACGAAGCAUUAAACCCACUUCCCCACUCGAUGUUAUAGCCGAAGCUAAAUCAAAUACAACUAUUAAAGUCACUUGGAAAGUACCAGAAUCCACCGGCAGUAGCUUGUUAGACUACUAUGAAGUAGUCUAUAGUUCACCAAGACAGCAACAAAGAAAGAUAGAAGAGGACGGUAACGAAGUAAUACUGAAAAACCUAUUUCCUUUCGAAUUGUAUGACAUUCGAGUCAGGGGGGUAAAUUAUGAUGGCGAAAAAGGCGAGUUCAGUGGAACAAUUUCCGUUAGAACUCUCGGGUACUUGCCUACAGGUCCCCCUCGUAACGUUAUUGUUGAGGCUACAGGAAGUAGUCAAAUAUUAAUAGAAUGGAAAGAACCAAGGCGAGAGCAUAUCAACGGUGUUAUAACAGGCUACAGCAUUAAAUACAAGAAAUCAUCAGCAGAAUGGCGCCUAUUAAGUACGCCUGCUACCCGCACUCAAGUGGAAUUGACAGAAUUAGAUAAGAAUACUCUAUAUUUUGUAGAAGUAGCCGCAAGAAAUAAUCACGGCGUCGGUCCUUAUUCGCCAACUAAGAAUAUAAAAACUUUAGAGAAGGAUUUCGAUGAAUCGCAAAUACCUGCUAAGCCCAUUAAUUUCAAAGCAGAAUUUGUAGAUGGUGACAUUGUCGUAACUUGGGGAGUUAAGAAAGGCAGUAACAUUCGAAUUAGAUCAUAUUUAUUGGAAUAUGGGAAAUUCGUUCCAACUCAAGAAUACUCGUCGUUAACAGGAAGAACAACUCGCUACGUUAUCAAAAAACCUGAGCCUAAAACACUAUAUCUGUUCCAAAUUGUAGCUAAGAAUAAUUUUGGAAAAAGUGCUUUCGCUGUAGCGGAUUGUCAUGUUCCAGAUUAUACUGUUGAUAGUAAAUCUGAGGAAAUAGAAACUCCAUUACAAGUUCAAUCUGUCGUACUAGGUGCCCACUCUAUAUCUCUUAAAUGGACCUAUGACAAAUUCGAAAAGGGUAUGGAAUUUACAGUUAGAUGUAUUUCCUCAAACCGAAAAACACAUCUGUAUAAGACACAAAAAAAGUCACUGACAAUUAGACGUCUACGACCAUAUUCUCUGUACACAAUGGAUGUUAUGGUAACAGAUCCUAAAGGACGAAAAUCAGGUUGGAGUAUGGUAGUCGAAAAUCGUACUGGAGAGGCUGCCCCUUCAACACCACCACAAAAUGUUACAGUUGGUGUUUUUGGCAAAGUAAUUAGACUGACUUGGCAGCCUCCAAAAAGAGCAAACGGUAAAAUAAUUAGUUACCGUGUUGGAUAUUCGAAAGAUAUAUCAAAUCGUCGGUGGAUUUAUCAAACACCUAAACUUAGCUCCAUGUCUAUUGAUAUAAAAAAUCUCGAACCAGGGCAAUCUUAUGUUUUUGAAGUAAGGGCUAGAAAUUCUGUUGACCUAUCUCCCACGGAGAUAGUUAAAUUUCGAUAUGCGCCCAAAAAAAUUGCUCAGCCGAAAGAAGAACCGCAACCCCAUAUAAAACCUGCUGUACUAUAUUCCAUAAUUGGUUCAGUUGUUGGUUUCACGGCUAUAGUUGUAAUAAUCAUAUCAAUAUAUGUUUGUCGAAGGAGAAAGGCGCAGGAUGAAAGUAGGGGUCAUUACAAAGCAGCUAGUACGAAAUCGAAUGACUCUUUACCAAGCCUUAAGCCACCAGAUUUAUGGAUUCAUGAUCAAAUGGAGUUAAAAAAUGUUGACAAGCGACCUCAAACGCCUUCCGAUGAUGAAAGAUAUUCAAAGCGUCCUUUGAGAAAGCAAAUUGUCACAGAUACAAGAAAUUCGGCGCUCUAUUCAAGCACUCCAAGGGUUACAGCCCCUCCAGAAUUAUCAUCGCCUAACCUGGGUGGCGCCGCAUUAAGUCCAGCAUCAAGCACUUCCGGUCCUAUUCCAUACGAUCAAAUUGUAUCUUCUUCUCAUCGAUCUCAUCCAUUAAGGUCAUUCGCGGCGCCGCUACAAAACGGUUCGCCGGCUGGUACCUUGCACAAACAAAUCGGUACAUUUUUUACUUUUGGGUACCCUAAACUUAGUAGACCUGUUUUUCAAUUUCGUUUUUUGGCAUGCUGCUUCUUACCGUAAAAUAAUAAAAGAAAGAGAAAUUUUGAAAUGAUUCCCGCAGAGAACAUUUCUAUUUUCUCUUUACCCCCGACUAGUUAAAAAAAAUUACCCUUUACGACCCUCAGUAAGCACAGCUUAUUGGUUUUAUGUUUAGUUUACUAUCUUCUCCAGGCUAUUUUCAUCAUUUUCAUUUAAGGUGUCCUUCAUUUUCACGCAUGCUCUCUUUUAAAAGCACGAUAUUCUUUGAUUUCCUUGCACUAUUUUUUUGCAUGCUAACUAGUAAGAUAUUCCUUGGGAAGAGUGACUGCUAGCUAGUAAGGGUUUGAGAAUUUAGGCCUUUUGGUUUUAAUUUUCGCUAACCUUUGCCCUUUACUCUUGAGAACUGCCUUUUCUAGGUAUUUCUGAAGAUGAUGAAUGGAAAAUACAUUAUCCUUAAAUCCUUACUACUUGUUUAUGUGUACGUCCUAGAUAAUUAGAAUUAUUGCCUUUCCUUGCUGUAAACAAUCUUUUCUACAUAUUAAUUUACGUUUAAAUCUCUUUCAGCCCUCUCUCAACCGCCAUCUAGUGGACAAGCGACUCCGUCGAAAUGUCGUUCCCCACUUCCAGUAAACUCACCAAGAGCGCCACCUGAUGUAACAUUACGAACUACAAGAUCCGUAUCAACAGAAGAAUUAUCAGCCGAAAUGGCAAAUUUAGAAGGAUUGAUGAAAGAUUUAAACGCAAUCACUCAAAAAGAAUUUGAAUGUUGAUCAAAAAAAAACAAACAAACAAACAAAAAAAACCAGACUGCGAAAGAUUUAAUUUAUCAUUUUUUCGUUGUAAGAAGAAGCCAUUAACUUUUUUUUUGUAAAAAAGAAAAAAAGGUUGAAAAACAAAGUAAAUAAUUUUUAAAAAAAGUAACAUUUUAUGUAGGUAUUUUUUAUUAAUUAUUGAAAAUAUGUUCAUAAUGAUAUGUAUGUGUAUAAAAUUUUUAAAGAAGACAAAUCAUUGUUCAUUCAUGAUAGUAGAGUUGUUGUAUAUUGUAUACAUUGAAAAUAUGUAACGUUUUACAUAUGAAAAAUUAUUACUAAUGACUUUUCUUUAUACAGAUUUCCUCUCUUUUUUUUUAUUAAAUGUUUUAUUUUCAUAUCAUUUUAAUGUUGGAUUGUAGUGAACGUCUUAAAAAUAUUUUCCUCUUUUUCUUUAUUUCGGUACUUUUUAAAGAAGAUCAAAUGACUAUAAGAAAGAAAGAACAAAAAGCUCCUUAUAUACGUAAGAUUUGUCAAUACACCGGUCAAUUUUAUCUCAUGCAUGCUCUGUAUUCAUAUAUAUAUAUUGUCUUAUUGGAGAAAUUACGUUUUUUUGUUAGCAUUAACUAUCUCUUCUCUCUUUAUAUAUAAGUAUAUAUAUAUAUAUAUAUAUAUAUAUAUAUAGCUUAUAUAAAAGGCGUCUGCUCCGGUGCUAUAGAUAUGAAGAAAUAUUAUAUGUGAAUAAUAUCUUUUAAACAAUAAUCCUUUUUUUUUCAUAAAAAAGUGUCAAGUAAGAAAUUUAUUAUUGAAAAAUAUACCAUGUUAAUAUAUCAAUGUUCAAACUUCACUUCUAAUGUCUUUUAAAGUUAGUUACUAGAUAAUUUUAGUUAAUUGCCAGUGAUCAAUUGUGCAGAGACUACAUCUAUCAACAUUUAUGUCUAUAUAACUAUAGAUUUAUUUAUUAUACAUUCGGUUCGAUAUUGUACAAUCUCAUAUAUUCCUUGCUUCUUCUUCUUAUCUUGACUUUAUCUAGAUUCAUUUUCAUAUAUUUAUGAACUCCGUAUUUAUGGUUGUUCUGGAAUUUUAUAUAAUUUUCGAAAGCUUCAUCACAUUCCUGAUUAUACUCAAUUUGCAAAAAUCGAUAAAGUUGCUUUACAACAUUUUUUGGAUUUUUUACUAAUUCACUGAACUGUAAAUCUAUUAUUUUAUUUUUUUUAAGCCUCUUAUCUUCUCUCCAAAUGAACAUUUUAUCUAUUUCCUUAAGGUACACAUCUGUAAGUUUGUCACAAAUAUAUUGAGUAUUAUCGGUAAACGGUUUCAAAUGUAUUCUGGAGGUAUACUGAAAAAGUGAUGUAAUAGAUGGAAUUAUUUUAAUCGGAUCUCUGUGCAAAAUAAUGAAUUGAGCGUCGGGAAAAGUCUCCAAUAGAGCAGAUAUAUUACAGAAAGGACUCAUAUGAAACAUUAAUAAAAAUCUUCUAUUUUCCAAGUUUUGGAAUCGACUUAUCAUUUUUAAUCUAUCUUUGAAAUUCUCGAAAAUCUUAAGCCAAGUAUUAUAGGAUAAAUUUUCAACGCAAGCAUUAUACUCAGGUAUAUCUAAUGCAAAAGAUUGAGAAGAAAAUAUUCCAUCUCCUCUCAUAUAGGUUAAAAUAUCUUCGCUAUCAGUAGGUUGAAGUUUAUGAGCGAUGCCAAUAUUUUGCGGACCAUAAAAUUGACUUAGCAAAAAGUUACUCUCUUUGAAACUAGCCAAAGUCUCUUCAUUUUCCUUCGAAGGUGGAUCUAAUGGAUAGGGAUAGGGUUUACCUAACUCCCACUUUCCAGGAACUUUCCAUCUUUUAUCUUCAGAUAAUAAGCAGUGUAGAAACGUACUUCCUGUCCUUGGUAGAGUUAAAAUAAAAACUGGUUUAACAAUGGAUAUUUGCGAAAAUAUUUCAGAUUCCGUUUGAAUAAUUGAUCGAUAUUCUGAAAGUCUAUUAACGUUUUUCACUAUAUCUUUCGUUAGACUAAGUCGUCCAAGAGUACUGUACGCUUUUUCAGUGUUUGAUAAUAGUAGUUUUAGGUUUUUCUUGAUAUAAUCAUUCUCGUCAAGCAUUUUCCUCGAUUCUUCGGAUAGUAAACUUUCAACAUGUUCAUACGAUGUUCUAAAACAUACUAUUCCAAAUGUUUUAUACAAUAUUUCACAUACAUAAUUCAUAAAAAUUACAAUUUUUGCAUAUAUAAUAUAUAGAAAUUCGGGAAUUUUGCCAGCCAUACUCUUCAAAUUCAAAAUAUAUUAUUUAAUAGAAUAAAACCCUUAUCAAAUGUUUAUACAACUCUUUUUAAACUUAGAUAGAAACGCU